GGACGAAGUUGGCGGGCAGGCGUGGGAGUCAUGUCGGCGACAGAUGCGUCAAAUGGCCAUGGAGAACAUAACGAAUGGGGUGUCCAGGAUGCGUGUGGCGAGUGGAGUGCAGAAGACUCCCAACGGACGAGCGAUUACGAAUCUACAGAUGUGAUUUGUGAAGACGAAGCGGAAGACGCAGACGACAUGGAGAUUCGACCCCUGCCUGUGCGUGGCAGAGAAAGGGGUGGAGGCGUGCGUCAAGAGAAGGCUGUUUCCCGUGUUGGUCGCCACUCGAAGGGUCCGUCAGGCGAGAAGGCUGGGAAACAACCGUCAUGGAGUGUUGAGGAGAUGUUGAAGCUCGCCCAGGCGAAGAGGGAUCAACAAGCUCAUUUCGAGGGCAUGCCGCACAACUACGAACGAAUGCGCAACAGGGAGUGGAAUCUGCAGGACCUUCAAAAGCGUUUGCUGGAGGUGGGGGUGGAUAGGACGACUAACGACAUCGGCAAGAAGAGGGACAACCUCUUCCAACAAUACAAGAAAGUGCAACGGUAUCAGAACGCCUCUGGGGGGAAGAACUUCUUCAACCUCGCACCUGUUUUGAGAACGGAAGAAGGCUUCAACUUCAGAAUGGAGGAGCGCGUGUACGAUGAGAUAGACGCCAUGUCGAAGGGCAACAAGACCAUCUACCCGGACAACGUCGCCGACACAAGCGCCGUGGAGGACUGCAGAUGCCACGUUCCCCAUCCAUUGCUGGAGAAUCCGUCGUCGGGGGUGAUGGGGGUGAUGGGAACAACGACGACGGAGGGUCGGCGCAGGAGUCCGGGUUCAGCCCAGAUCCGGGGUGAGGGUAUUGCUGGAUUCGAUCGUUGGGAGGUGGACCUUCUAUCCAUCGUCGGAUCCAAGGUGGUGUUAAAGUCUCCGAUCAUUAUGGCUGGGGCGUCGUCUAGAAUGUGCUGGUGCAGGCUUGUUGUUGCCAGAACCUCUGUAGUUGUUCCUGCUGCUGCUGGAGCACCUGUUGGUGUUGCCAGCAUAGCUGAUGUUGCCAUUGUAGGUGCAUGUGCUGGAGGAGUUGUUGCUGCUGUAUCGUUCUCUAUUGGUGUUGUUGUUGGUGAUAUUGUGUUAGUUGGGCUUGCAGUAGGAGGUGGUAUUGUUCGUCAUGUUCCCUCUGCUGCAUGGCCUGUUGCUGUUGAAGUUGCUGGGUUUGUUGCCUCGUUUGGAGCAUCAUGUGGAGUUGUGUUUGGUGCAUGCCCUGUAUUUCCUGAUGUUGGGUUUGUACAUGUUGUGCCUGCUGCAGUUGUGCAUGGUGGACCUUCCGUGUCUCUCACGCCAACGCGCCCCUUCCCUUACAACAAGGAAAGGACACGUGUUUGCGAGUGGGACGUACGAGAAGUUGUCGCACGGAUCGGUGGGCGAUAUUACUUCCCUCUCGAAAAUCGUUGCUCUGGAUUCGUGGACGCGGACUUUGUCAUUGUCGAUACGCUCUUCCCGCCUUACUCAGUAUUGUUGCCAUUUAACGAGUUGAUCGUCAUUCCGUGGAUGGCAGUGGCGCCCCAUUGGCCUCGAACUCUGUGCACCGAGUGCCAGCGUUUCGAUCGCUACGAGCAAAAGGGUUUCCACUACCUUAUACGGAGUGAAGACGAGCACAAGGAAAGAGCCACGCGGCUGAGACCCUCCACGUCGGACUCGGAACUGACCAAUGAGCGACGUCGAGACUUGAUACGGAAACGGGACACGCGGAGCAUACCGAAGUCCUUUCGCUCUAAACGAAGAGUCAUGGAGAACCUCCUUUGCAUUGUAAGAUUCAACCAGUGGAUCGUUGGUAUCAAGUUAGACCAGAGCUCAACUCGGGAGCUGAACUUAACGGUUCUUCAGCGUAUAGAUCAUGAGGUCGAGGAGAUCCUCACUACUGCCGGCCACGUCACUCUGUACGAAUUUGAUGUGGAGGAGAAAUCUUGGAGCCGAAAGGAUGUCGAAGGCGCGCUCUUUGUCGUUAAGCGGCGCGCGCAGCCGCGUUUUCAGUUCAUCGUGAUGAACCGAAGAAGCACUGCCAACCUCGUUGAAGAUUUGCUGGGCGAUUUCGAAUUCGAGGUACAGAUUCCUUACCUGCUGUACAGAAACGCCCAACAAGAAGUCAAUGGCAUAUGGUUUUUCAACCAGAAAGAAUGCGAACAAGUGUCGAAACUGCUAGAGCGAAUUCUUUAUGCGUUUGCCAAGGCCCCGCCGCCGUCCCGACCUCGACCAUUCGUUGUCCCGACUGGAGGUGGAGGGGCUGCUGCUGAAGCUCAAGGCCCAGACUCCGCUGUGCCAGGCCCGACCACCGGUCCCGCUCCCGUCCCCGCUGUGUCUUCUCCUGUCAGAGCGGCUGAUCCCAACACAGAUCCUGCCAUAGAGAAAUCCGACGGUAGUAUAGUGUCUGCAGUCUUCAAGAAGCCGCCGCCGUUGGAGGCACGGGAGGAAGAUUCCCUUCAGAAGCUCUUCAGGAAUGUCUCCGUGCAAUCGAAGCCGUCUGACUCAUCUGCUGUCAUGAUGUCACUUCUUACACCAGCCGGGAUGACGGGGACUUCCAGCAGCGAUGCUCGCAUCUCGUUGAGUUCCAGUAUGCCUCCAUUACCUCUCCCAACUCCUCUCUGCUCCUCUUCUAUCGCCAGCACUACUUCCAGCAUUCUCCCUCCUCCAAGACAUGUCCUCCCCAUUGAAGACAAUCGGUUUCGCCUGCUGAAGCCGUCCUACUUUGUCUCUUCAUCUCUGUCGUCGUCCAGCGCACAUACUAAUUCGAUGGCCCUGUCGUGCUCCCGACUGCAUGGACCCUUGCUGAACCCUGUUCCUGUUUCUGGCCCUGCUGGUCCCGUUGGUUCUAUCCCUAAUGUUAUCCCCGCGCCCUUAUCCCCGCCUCUUCCGCCGCCUUUGCUACCUCCACAUAUCGGCGGCGGCACUUUGCCCAAUCCUAAUCAUCAUCCCAUCACCAUCACCAAGGAUCGGAUUCGCACGGCGAUGUAUCGGUUGCUACACGAUGAUAGAUUCAUUGAUAUGAUAUAUCGAGGAGAAGGCGGCAGCGGCGGCGGCGGCGGCGGAGGAGGAGGAGGAGUAGGAGGAGGACAGACGGAGGAGGAGGAGGAGCUAUUGCUCGACGCGCGUCAUGUUGACGUUAACAGCAAAUUAAUGGUGAUGAGCAGCGAGUCGCUGAGCUCAGCUUCUUUUCCAUUCCCUUUGUCGGUGGCGGGAAUGGAAGUGAUGGACAUUUGCGGCGGAGAGUGGAUUGUGGGUUUUGGCGGGACUGGAUGAUGUAGAAGAAAAAGAUAAAUCCAUGAGAUGAUCCAAAGGAACGGAGUUGACCUGGAAGAGGGAAUUUGUCGUUGUGUGGACAUAAAAUUUACGUCGCACCAGCAGUCAAAGCGAGAGAUUAAUUAAGGUCUAGGAGGAAUGAUGAUGAUGAUGAUGAUGUGCGAGGACCAGCAGCAGGAGGAGGAAGAGGAGGGCGCGGAAGACGAACUUGUACACAAAUUCUUCCACAUUCGUAUCGGCUCCGGUGAAAGCAUAAUAAAGUGAAGCCGUCGGAUUGAUUUGAUUUGCUUUGAUUUGAUAGUUUUUCAUUGGAUUGGGUCGUGGCGAAAUUGAACAAAGGGGAGAAAGAUACGACGCCCUCCCCCGUUCAAGAGAGUCUGAUGUGACGCGGGAAAGACCGAUUGAUAUGAAGACCAGGUGUUUGCCUCUCUAGCUCCAUAUUUGAGUAGAUGUAUUCGAGUUUGUGAAGGCGCAACGCGACUUGCCUGUGGGAAUCUUGUCAGGCCUCUUGGGUGCUGACUCUGGAGAGUGUAGUAUCGGGGGACUUGCUUAACUCUCGAGUUAAAAUGCGUCCUGGCUUACAGCGACUUCUUGAGGAUAUGCUUAGUGGUAGAAGGCUCAACACCCUGUGUCUCAGGGAGCAACUCACAGCAGGACUUGAAGAUGUGAAUUUGUCCAGAACUGCAGUCGGAUGCAUUCGGGCGAAAGUGCUGGUGCGAGUAUGCCCUUAUGUAUUCCAAGUAGCGGGGACUAUCUUCUUCGUGAGAACGCACGCAUUCAAGUGGAAUAGGGAAUACGAUUCCCUCGUUUAAACGUUUGAUCGGUAGUAUGAUAGAUGGAUAGAGGGAUGGACGGUUGGAUGAGCUGUCUGUCUGCAAUUAGCAUGUACGAUGCUCUGGAUAUGGCGGAAGGUUGCUACGUGGCCUUGGUCCGGUUAUUGUGGAGGAGAAUACAAAAGGACAGUGUAGCAGCCUCCUUUCAAGCCUUCUGCAGGGCAGGGCUGGGCUUAACAGUUGGUUGGUUAAUCAUCUGGUGACUUCGAAUCUGACUGUAGGUAUUAACUUUUGCCAAGUUUCCUUUCAUUUGUUACGUUCCGGUCUGGUAGGUAGUUGCCCACCCAAUUUGACGUGAGAAAGGACAUGAAGCUAGGGAAGUGGGUCAAGGUUGGUGGAAGCGGAGUGAUGGAUAAGUCAAUGGAUUACAAGAUUCACUGCGCGAAUAGGAACUUAUUUUCAGGCUUUAGGCCGCAUCAAUAGAUCAAAUGACCACUCGGGGCCGUCUUUUUGCGCCCCAGCCAGGCUGAAAUAAAAGCGGGACCGCUCUCUGUGGGUCCUCUGCUUGUUUAGAUUCUGUGUCUGUCCGUCUGUCUGUCUGUCUCUCUCCCUCCCCCUCUCCUCUUUGUCUCUGUUAUCUUUUUUUACUUUCUCUCCCCCCCCCCCNGGUCUGGCCUCCCCCUCUCGGUUCCUCCAUUUGUUGACCGGUGGUUCCCCGAGGAUCUGCUGCUUGCUUUUGAUGGGUCCACAUGAAAAUAUUUCUCUCUCUCUCUCUCUCUCUCUCUCUCUCUCUCUCUCUCUCUCUCUCUCUCAGCCUGGCGACUUCCUCUGGGAAUCACAGUUGAUCGCUGCGUAAGUCGUCCGUCCAACUUCCUCCUCCCUCAGUCUCUCUCUCUGUCUUUCUCUCUCUUGCUUGAUCACUUGCUCUUUCUCCUCUCCUGCCUACCCCACCUCUUACCCGAUCACUCCAGCUUCCACAAGACGAUACAGGGUGGUCCCCGAGAAAGACAAGAAGGUUGUCGCGAUUGAUACAGCAUUUCAGUAGCAGAAGUGCUUCGGGGGUGGUGUCUUGACUCGAGUGCAAAGAGACGUCAACCAAGAGAAACGAUGGACUGGCAGGACGGAUGCAGUGAUCUGGUUUUGACACAGGUUCCCUACAAAUUACUGAAGUCACAGUACGUUCUUGAGCAUGGCUGUGUGAGUGAGUGAGAUUGGCACUGAGCUGAAACUUCCAGUUUCGGAUGUCAUGUGGGACAUCUGGAAAGUGCAACCUCUCAUGGGACCUGUUCUCGGGAAGAGAUGUAUGUCAGGUACCUUUGAACUACUGGUAGUUGUGUAUGCCUCAAUUAUGUGAGCUGGUUAAUGAGAACAAGCUCUUCUUGGUCUGCAAUGAGAACCAGAUCUUCUUGAAUAAGCUCGUCCUAUGAACCAGCUCUGCUCCAAUUGCUGCUCCAGGUACACAGGUUCGAACCGAGGCAUGGGACAUCACUGCUUGAUCGUUGCAAGGCCUACUAAGCUAGCAAGUCCUGCUGAACUACACAUGAUCUGUCGAUGAUCUGAUUGCGACACACACUACUGCUGUAUAGAGUCAGGAUGUAGCUGUGUGAAGCAGCUUAUGUCCUCUUCGUGUCUUGGAGUAACUUUGAGAAAUCUUUCAGCUAGAUGUCUGAUUGGAUCAUGGGUUAUAUCCAGGGGGUUUAUGCAGCCUUGACCUCCUCUGGUCCUCGUACCCUGGGUUCUGUUCUUAGGACCUCUUCACAGAGGUGCCAGUGGUCGACUCGGAGAGGCUAUUAAUUGACCAGCCACACCAGAAGAUAACUUCAACUUGUCCUAUGAUGAUAUCAAAGAGGAUGUCAAACCACUUGGGGAGUUGCUCAAUCAUUUGUAGGUGAAUAGUUGGCGCUUGUACAUGCAGACGUGUCACUGUGCAGCAUAUUUGGCACGCCUUUUGGUCCAACUGAGUGUAUAGGGCUUGGACACCUGGUGCUGGGUGAGGGAAGGUUGUAUAUAUAGCAGCAGCUCUGUUCACCUUCUUCCAAAUGUGUGUACAGGAAACAUUCAUGAAUCGUCGCGCAAUUGGUUGCUGUUAAGAACAUGCUACCAUCACCAAGAACGCAGUGGGUUCGUUUUUGGUACGGUUGCUGGAGGUGCAAGGUCUAGCUAUAGCUGGUCAAGGCACAGUCAUGAGUAUGUGUGCGAUCGGUUGUGGUUAAGUUUCACUCCUAUCAUUGAGAGCGCAAUGGGCCCAGUUUUCGUUACGGUUGCUUGUGGUGCCCAGUUCUGGUAUGGUUGCUUGUGGUGCGACGGCUAGCCACUCGAGGGCAGGAUUUAGGUAUCCCUUGCCAAUCUGGAACGUAAUCGGUGCAAGACCAGCUGUCGUUAAGGUGCCCUCCCAUCACCGAGCAUGCAAUGGGUCCAGCUUUUGGUAUGGUCGCUUCUGAUGCGAAAGCUAGCCGCUGAUGACUAAGAUUUAGGUGUCCCAUCCUGAUGAGGAAAGUAAUUGGUCUGAACCAAUAUGGCUGGUUGUCAGACACGUCCGUGCAAAGCUUAACCAUGCCCACAGCACAUCAUGUGAUUCAUAUAUCUACCGGCAAAGCACAUAUGAACACGCGACAACCUGUCACUGUGACUCAGGAGCAAAAUCCACCCGAACAGCGGCGGUGGUCUGGGUGGUUUCGUUGAGACUGUUGGGGAAACUUAUGAAUACUGUCCGCCUGCUCAGCUCGUUCCUGGCGGAAGGCCAUACACUUGACAUGUGUUGGGAAAGGGAUUGCAAAGACAACUUUUCUUUUUGUGCCAGGUGUGGCAUAUGUUCCAGGUCAACUGAGGACUUGCAUGUCCCAGAAGCUGAGAAGGCUUGGGGGGGUAUGUACCCUCGAAACAGGCUUGCAUGAGGGGCACUGACUCGGCCACUUUGCAUUUUCAGUGGCCACUUUGCAUUUUCAGCAGACUAUCUUGUCUGCCAUAUGUGCCUGAUUGUCUCAGGACUCGUCAUGUGUAUUGCGUGUUAAGCUUCUAUUGGGUACUGUCCAGGAAGUGGAGAUUUUGGGGAGCUGAGAAUGGUGAACUUCUGCCUGACAGGUGUUGCUAGACUAGGCAUAAGAUUUGCCACCUGCUGAGGGUCAAGCUGAUGUGUCUCGUCUUGUGGAUGUUCAUGAUUCUCUCAUGGCGUCCAGAGUGUCGCAGAUGCCGUUGUAUUUUAUUCCGUAGGUUUCAAAAACCGGA